AUGGCCACUCUAGUCCCGCCGCCCUCGAAGCGACAGCGGCGGGAGGCUCUGGAGCGUAGUCAGAUACAGCAAGAUGUCACGUCUCAGGCCAUCGACGCUGGGUCGUUCAAAGCUCGCUUCGUGGACACCGACGGGAACCAACUGGCGGAGACGAUUGAGGUGCCCCUGGCCGACGCGACGGAGAAGAACGUGUCCCUACUACUCAACACACUAUUAGGAAGGGAACGAGAAGAUUUUACCCCUUAUCGCUUCCGUAUACACGUACCCAAUUCCGACGUGAUAAUCGACAACUAUCCCACACCCUCCGAGUUUCUGGCUGUCCUGCGCAAACAUGGAAUCGAAAACCCCUUCGAGACCACCAUCACCUUAGCCGCAGAGCCCCAAGCUGUCUUCAAAGUACAGGCAGUAACCCGCAUGUCAAAUCGGAUACCGGGGCAUGGCGAGGCUAUCCUGGCAGCACAAUUCUCCCCCAAGACGAGCAGCCUUCUCGCGACUGGCUCAGGCGACAAUACAGCGAGGAUAUGGAACACGGAUAGCGGCACGCCGAAAUACACGCUCAAAGGUCAUUCGGGCUGGGUUUUAGCGGUGACCUGGAGCCCCGACGGCCAGAGCCUCGCAACUGGCAGCAUGGACAAGACGGUCCGGAUAUGGGACGAGGCAGGCCAAGCGGUUGGCAAACCGUUAAAUGGCCACUCUAAGUGGAUCACGAGCAUCGCCUGGCAACCCUUCCACCUAUGGCGCGACGACACACCUAGACUAGCGAGCGCCAGUAAGGAUGCCACAAUCCGGGUAUGGAUCGUCAACACGGGGAGGAUCGAGCAUGUUCUAUCGGGGCACAAAGGUAGCGUAAGCUGUGUGCGAUGGGGCGGAACGGAUCUUGUCUACACUGCUAGCCAAGACAAGACAGUGAAAGUCUGGAAUGCGGCAGAUGGGACGUUGAAACACACGCUCGCCUCGCACGCUCAUUGGGUGAAUCACCUCGCGCUAUCUACAGAUUUCGUGCUCCGAACAGCGUUCUACGACCACACAAGAGACGUGCCGGCAAGUACGGAGGAGAAGCGGGCCAAGGCGCGAGAGCGGUUCGAGAAGGCGGCGACGCAGCAGGGCAAAGUGGUCGAGCGGAUCAUCUCUGCCAGCGACGACUUCACCAUGUACCUCUGGGACCCGUCGCAGGGGACGAAACCUCUGGCGCGACUGCUAGGGCACCAGAAGCAGGUGAAUCACGUUUCGUUUUCCCCGGACGGAAACCUGAUUGCGAGCGCUGGCUGGGAUAACCACAUCAAGAUAUGGGCCCGCGAUGGAAAAUUCCUGACGACGUUGCGUGCUCAUGUCGCGCCGGUAUACCAAUGCGCUUUUUCGUCUGAUUCGCGCCUUCUCUGUUCCGGGUCGAGAGAUACGACGCUGAAGGUUUGGGACAUGAGGACGUUCAAGCUGUCGGUUGAUUUACCCGGCCACGAGGACGAGGUCUAUGCCCUGGAUUGGUCUCUGGACGGUCGGCUCGUGGGAUCCGGCGGGAAGGACAAAGCUGUACGGCUCUGGCGCAAUUGA